AAGCUGUCUUUUCGAAACAAAUCUAGGUAUCGUCAUUGACAGUUUCCCAAUCAAUACAGUCACCUGCAUGAGGAGCAGGUAGCCAGGACUUGGCACGAGACCGUGACAAGUGGCGGUAACUGUAACUAACGCGCAAGUCCUUAUUAGAUUAGUGUCGCUCGCCGCUCGAAGUCACUUCAUAACACCGCCACAAAUUGGCAUUUUUACAAUACAAACCCUUCCAUUUUACCAGAGAUACCUUAAUUCAACAGGAUAGACGAUCUACACAUCUCAUCUGCAAUAAUAAUGGACACAGUUGCGGGUCAGAAAGUGAAACUGAAGUUUGCACUACCAGUGCCUCUUAAAAAGAAGUCAGGCCUGGAAGAGAAAGAAGAGGACAAGAAAAGGAAAGAAGAGAGGUAUAAAAAGAAUGGAAACACACAUGUAAGAGAGAGGAAAGCAUGGGGAUUCUCAGUUCAAGAUACAGGAGGAGAAAGAGGAGUAGUGAGCAAGUCCUGUGAGUCAGUGAUGAAGGGAGGAGAGAGAGGAGUACUGAGCAAGGCUUGUGGGUCAGUGAUGAAGGGAGGAGAGAGAGGAGUACUGAGCAAGGCCUGUGGGUCAGCGAAGAAGGGAGAAGGAGAGAGAGGAGUACUGAGCAAGGCCUGUGGGUCAGUGAAGAAGGGAGAAGGAGAGAGAGGAGUACUGAGCAAGGCCUGUGGGUCAGUGAAGAAGGGAGAAGGAGAGAGAGGAGUACCGAGCAAGGCCUGUGGGUCAGUGAAGAAGGGAGAAGGAGAGAGAGGAGUACCGAGCAAGGCCUGUGGGUCAGUGAAGAAGGGAGAAGGAGAGAGAGGAGUACUGAGCAAGGCCUGUGGGUCAGUGAAGAAGGGAGAAGGAGAGAGAGGAGUACCAAGCAAGGGAGAAGGACAAAUAAAUAAAAAAUUGACAUACAGGAAGUCUGAGGCUGUGAAAGCAGUAUUUAAAGGGUCUCUCAAGCAGAAAGAAAAUGAGGGAACGAAUGUGAAGAAGAGAAAACUGAAGAGUAAAGUUAAUCAACAUAAUAAGGAGUCAGAUUCAGGAAAGGAGAGACUGACCAUAAAUAUGAAGAUAGAGAAUGGAGAGAAUGAAAAGGUCAGAAAGGAAAGAAAAGAGAUGAAAAAGAAGAGAGUGAGGAAUCAGACGGACAGCAUGAAGGUGCUCAGCCUAACAGACAGCCAGUAUGAUGAUAUCUUUGAGAGUGCCUCUGCUUUGUACACACCUGGAGACAGCUCUCUGGUUGACCAGUGGGUCCAGUGUAGUCUGUCUGUCUGUGGGAAGUGGAGGAGGGUACAGAGACAUGUUGACCUGGCUGUCCUGCCUGAAGACUGGACCUGCUCACAUAGUACAGGUCCUGGUCUGUGUGAGGCUGUGGAGGAAAGCUGGUCAGAAAAAGAAGGUGACAUCAUCAACAGCAGUCUGUUUCCUGGUUCUCUGGUCUGGGCUCAGCAGAGUGGAUAUCCCUGGUGGCCAGCGAUGAUAGAGAGAGAUCCAGACACCAGGACCUUCUGUCAGUUGAACCUCAAAAAAGAUCAGAACUCUUGCAGGUACCAUGUCACCUACCUGGGGAACCCGGUCAGCAGAGCCUGGGUGUGCCGAUCUAAAGUGAGAGAAUACUCAGCACUCACAGAGGAUGCCGUCACCACGGGGAAAUCUUUCCAGAGUUUCAGAAAGAAGUUGAAAGAAGCCAUUCAGAUGGCAACGCAGGCCCAGAGAGUUCCACUUAAAAAGAGGUUGUCAAGGUUUGGGUUUUGGACACGACGAGCAUCGGACAGAGAGAGUUCUGAAAGUGAAUUUGCAGAGGUGAUGGGCAUUCUGUUGGACGAUAAGAAGAGGAAGAAAUCAAACAACAUCAGAUAUAAGAAGCCUUUUAAGAGACUGCAUCAACAGAGUGACGGAGAGCAGAGAGAACCCAGGAAGAAAACCACGAGAGAAGAGAAGAGAGACAAGAAGACAGAGGGACGGGAGCUGAAGGAAACGAUGAGAGGCCUAAAGAGGAGUGGAGUGGAAGAAGGAGUAAAGAAAGGAAGAGAGGGAGAGGAUAGGAAGAGGUUCAGCGGUCUGAAGCCCAUCAGCAAGACUCCUUCAGCCCCUAACCUACACAUCCCUGACCAGACAGUGCCAGAGAGAGAGGAAGAGGAAGAGGUGGAGAAGGAGGGAGUGGUAGUCUCAGUAAAGAAUAAAAGAGAGAAAGAGGCCACUCAAAGAGAAGAAAGAAAUAAACUGAAAGAGAAGAUGAGCCAUUUCCUAGAUGAAGACAUGGAGAUUAUGGGCUGCAGAGAGGAGCUGAUGAAGAGACUGGCUCAGGAGAACAUGGAGGAGGAAGAUGACUUCUCUGUCAUGCUGUUUGAGGAGGAGUAG